CCCGUCUUGCAAGUCUCUGGUUCCGCAAACUCCUUCGACAUUGUGCCGGUCCGUUGGACUCGCCAGGAAACCGGAGAACCAGACGGUUCUACACCAGUUCUGCUGUCCUGCUCCAGACGCCCCUGAGUCUGACUCUCAGGCCUGUGUACCCAGAUCGAAAUGUUAGAGCACAAAUAUGGGGGCCACCUCAUCUCACGCCGUGCUGCUUGCAAGAUCCAGACGGCUUUUCGCCAGUAUCAGCUCAGCAAAAACUUUGAGAAGAUCCGAAACUCCCUCCUCGAAAGUCGUUUGCCACGCCGUAUCUCCCUGCGAAAAGUGCGGGUGCAAAAUACAGAGGGUAUCUCAGCUGAACGGGCGCUGGCUGAAGGCUGCAAUCUGGCAAGUAUCCCCCUUGUCCGGUCCCCAUCCUUGCCCACCACGGUAGGUGGCUCCCUCACUGACCUCGAAGAUUCCUUCAAUGAGCAAGUCCAGUCUCUUGCCAAAUCCAUUGAUGAUGCACUUAGUAACUGGAGCAUGAAGACCAUGUGUUCACUCCAAGAAGGUGGCACCUACCAGUUUAGCUCAGAGGCCUUUAGUACAGCUGGUGGCAAAUCUGGGUUGGCAGGAACAGUCCGAGAAGGUGGCCCCAUGGACCCUGCCACAUUCCAAGUAGGAAAUUCUGAAGUAGACAAUUCUGAGAACAGCAAGCGGAGUGCCAGCAAGCUGAUGAUGGCCUUCCGGGAUGUGACCGUUCAAAUUGACAACAAGAAUUUUCAUGUGUCCUCUUCCGUUUUGGAGUCCUCCACCUCUGUUUCUCUUGGUAAUUGUGUCCAGCAGGGGGCCAUAAUUACUGAGAGCCCACAGCAACCUCCGGUCAGUGAUGCAAAGGAACAACCUCAACAAGGACAACCACCACCAUCUCCACAGGAUCCAGCUCCUCCACCCCUAGAGCAGGAUGCUGAGGAAAUACCAGAUGGCGAUUUCCCAGCUCCUCCACCAAGUGAGGAGGAGCUUGGGGAGGAUCUUACACCUCUGGUCUUGGAGAAACAGGAAUCAGACACAGCGGACAACAGCUCAGAGCAGAUGAGUAGCAGCAGUACAUCCACAUCAGCUCAAUCGGCUUCUGAGGUCUCGUCCAAAGAGGCUUUACAGGCUAUGAUUCUUAGCUUGCCCCGAUACCACUGCGAAAACCCAACCAGUUGCAAAUCUCCUACCCUCUCCACUGACGUCAUGCGAAAACGCCUAUAUCGUAUUGGCCUGAACCUCUUCAACAUAAAUCCAGACAAAGGCCUCCAGUUUCUCAUCUCUCGUGGGUUCAUUCCGGAUACACCUAUAGGUGUGGCACACUUCCUGCUCCAGAGGAAGGGGCUGAGCCGACAGAUGAUCGGCGAGUUUCUUGGCAACAGCAAGAAGCCGUUUAACAGAGAUGUGUUAGACUGUGUGGUGGAUGAGAUGGAUUUCUCGGGGAUGGAGUUGGAUGAGGCUCUGAGGAAGUUUCAGGCUCAUAUCCGUGUGCAAGGCGAAGCGCAGAAAGUGGAGAGACUGAUAGAGGCAUUCAGGUGAGACUCCAGACACCGUUACACACACACAUCAAUG